AUGAGUGGCGAUCGAGUCACGCGUAGAUCACCAAGCAGAGAGAAACGAAAAGUCGCGGUUGCCUUUGACAAAGCACUACAAGAAUACACACCAAUAAUCAAGAAAAAGGCAUCAACAUCAAUUUCAUCGAAUGCAUCCCAUGGAUCCUCCAAUAGCUCUUCCCGAUUGUCAGAAGCACCUGGAAUUUCGCUACGACAAACAAGAACACAAAACAGCUCUGAUUCCAAUAGAGACAAUAAUAGUCUCGUGUUUGUUCUGGAAACAGCGCCGAACGACACCCCAACCGCGCUCGCAACAAUGGCUUUUGGAACAUCAUCCAAAAACAACAAAGACCCAAAUACUACCAAAACGACGACUUCUACAUUGAAAUCCAACUCGAUUUGCACAAAUGCCAAUUCCAGACGAAGUAGUCCAACAACUACGAUUGCCGUCAAUACUCGUAACGAUACAGUGGUUGCUGGUAGUAGUACCCCUGCUACUGUGCGCAAAUCGUUGGCAAGACGGAGCAGUCGAAAUUGCAGCCCCAACAUUGCUGACAACAGCAACAACCACAACAACAACACCAAUCGGAACAAGAACAGCACCAGUCCAAAUACUGCUACUACUACUACUACUACUACCACCACUACUACUACAAGUAAUACCAGUGACGCUCGUCCCCGCUCAUCGCGAGCCCGACGAAGUACCACCUCAUUUCGUCCCAUGACGGUUGCCCCAACCGCUCCCAAAGCUGCCAUGUCGGCCUAUGAUUUCUACCUCCAAGAGGAACUCUUGAGAAUGCAACAACAACAACAACAACAACAACAACAACAGAAUUCCAGACUAUCCAAGGAUCAAUUGGACAAGAAAUUGAAACACCAAUGGAAAACGAAUUUUCAUCGAACUGUCUACAACGACAUGGAACGAGACGACCAAUUGCGAUACGAAAUGGAACUUCAUCAAUACAAUAGCAUUGUGACUGCGGCUGCAGAAGUCACUUCUGUAUCAAACAACGAUACCGCCAAGUCAGGAUUCACUGCUGGAUUGGCUCGGCCUGCUGCUACUGCUACUACUGCUACUGCUAGUACCACACCAGUUGCUAGUUUGAGUAAACCAAAAGUCCAAACGCGAGGAACUCAAACCAUUGUGGUGGUUGAGGGUGAUGACGACGACAAAGAGAAAGAAGAAACAGAACGAUUGUCCAAGAAGACAGCAGCAUCCAUCGAACAUUGCUACAAAUCAUCAUCCUUCCGAUUGAAACACAAAAAGAGAAAUGAAUUAUUGGAACAACAUCGCAAGCUUCGACGGCAAAAGAUGAAGGCGCGGCGCAAGGGGGUUGUAUUUGUAGCAAGCAACGAAUACGACGACGAUGACGAAUCAUCAUCGGAUGACGAAGAAGAAUAUACGACGGCACAUUCCCAACCCUGGCAAGUAGAGAAAAUUAUUGGACAGCGAGAUUGUUUUCAUGACUGUGAAUUCUUGAUUCGAUGGCAGGGAAAAGAUCCAAGUUGGGAUUCCUGGGAGACAAUUGCUAGUGUCAAGGAAUUGGUAAUUCUCGGGCAAGAUGGUAAUGAUGAUAGUGGUAGUAGUGCUACUCUACAUGCCUUUUGGGAUCAACUGAGAAUAUUUGCCAAGGCUGAAGCAGAACGGCGGAAACUCAUGGAAGAAGGUGCCAAGGAAAUGGGAUUGGAUCAGUGGGGCGAGGCAUUUUCCAAGGUGGAAGAUUUGGUGGAGAUUCCUUUGGACCAGCAACAACAACAACGACAACGACAAAAGAAGCCAAUUGAUAAAGGAAAUCUACCAGCAACAAUAUCAGCAGCAGCAGCAGCAGCAACCAUGGUACCAAAAGAACUUGAAUGCACGACGGCAGAACCUACCAAAGUCCAUCAAGGAAAGGAAGCCGACGAUGUCACUAUGGAAAUGGGCGCGAACCCGAAAGCAGCCGACAUUGUCAAUAUGGAUAUGGACGCAAAACCAGAAGCAGAAACAGAGUCUCCAUCCAAGUCUACAGGAAAGGCGAUUGUCCAAGAAGAAGCCAAAGAAAGCAAAGAUGUCACCAUGGAGAUGGACACGAAGCCAGAAGCAGAAUCAACGACUGUUUCUUCAAUGGCUCGAGUCCAAAUGGAGUUGGAUACGCAGGAGCAACCAGAACCAAGAGUCAAUGCAAUAGAAACAACGACUGUUUCCACAAUGACACUUGCCAAUGGGAGAAUCGCAAAUAGAGCAAUAGCAGAGUCACCAACUGCGAUGGAAACGGAUGAACAGAAUCCAACGGCUGCAUCUGCUCCUGGCGGGGGUAGCUCGGAAACUGGUACAGCGCCUGAAACGGACACCGAAACCGAAGGGGCCACUGAGCCUACUACACCAGAUAGUGCUGUGGGGGGUACUACAUCACCAAAUCAAAUGGAAUCAAGCAGCACUGCAACAAUUUCGACGACGCCAUUGCGAACGCUCACAAUCGCUUCCUUUGGACACAAAGAAUCCGAGUGGUCAGAACCCGGAACAGCUGCGAUGGAGUCACCUGUACCUCCCAACAACUCCACUACUGCCACGACAUCAACUACUCCAGCAGCGGCUGCAAGUAAUCUAGGUUCUACUGAAAAGGCUGCCGUGCCAGAGACAAUUGAAGCGAGAGCGAAAGCAAAACCGCCGGCAGAAGAUGUCGAAGCUAUUGUGAUUGAUGACUCUGACGAUGAUGACGUUGAGAAAGAAACGGAGAGGGAUGAGGACACUGUAGUAGCAGAAGUAAUAACGAGGGAUUCAAGCCAUGGUGCCGUUGAGACAGCAGCAAAUACUAAUUCUUUCUCCGCAAAUGGUGGUGUCAAGGCAAUACAAGAAAUGAAGGAGAAGAAUACACCAAGCGAGGCUGGCAACUUCAAGUCACAAAAUGGUGGAAGUAUUCUCAGGAACGAAGAGCAACAUGGUGCCACAAAGGAAUGCGCGGAAUUCCGAGUCUCGAAACCGAAGCAACAAAUACAGGGGAGAAUGACUGACAACGUAGACAUUGCGGUUUUGGGACUUCGUCAAUACUCAUACACUUCAGAUUUGUCUGGAAAGAGACCAGCUAUGAACGGCAUACAUGCAAAAUUUCGAAAGAGAAGAAGAAAUCUGGAGAAAAGAAGUCAGCAUGGCAACGGCAGAACCGCUUUCUUCCAAGUCCCGUCCACACAUGACAUGAGAAUGCAAGAGGUUCGCAGGAUAAACGUUUUUGAUAUCGACGCAAAGGAGAUUGUCACCGAAUCCCGCCGCCAUGGACAUCCCAUCGUAUUGACGAAUUUGCUCGGUCAUCCUCAAUUUGCGACUCGAUGGCUAAGACGUUGGAAUGGUCAGAACCGAGACGAUGACGAAGACUUUGAGGAUGGCGAUUCCCACCACCACCAACACGAGGAGUUAUUGGAUCUAUCACAGCCACACGAGCUAGACAUUGUACGAAUGAUUGAAGAUAUUGGGGUAGAGUCGGUUCCAAUCCUCAAGAAGAACUAUUCCGAGACGAAGCCAAUUGUGAAGGAAACUUAUGCUGAAAACUUUCUUCGGAAAUGUUGGCCUCGCAAUGGCCGGCAGCCAGCAAUCAAGGGUCUCUACUUGCAUCAGUGGCAAUUUCCAAGAUCUGAAACAGCUGCAUCCAAACUCUGCGGUCAUGGGAACUGCGCCACACUUCCAAACAGAAUCGUUGGAGAAGAUUUGCUUCAAUUCUGGCUCGAUGGAAAGGAUAAUCCGUAUCAGUACAUCUUUAUGGGAGGAGCAGAUACUUUCAGCAAACUCCACAAAGAUAGCGGGGGUCUGGAUAUUACGAUUGCUCCCAUUGUGGGAGACAAGGAAUGUAUCAUGGUUCAUCGACAUGAUGAAUCGUAUCUUUAUGGCAUGAAAUCGAAACUUGACAACCCAGACCUGGACAAAUAUCCCAUGACGGCGAAUGCCAGAGCUUGGAAAACUGUUGUGAAGCCUGGGGAACUUCUAUGGAUGCCUGCAGGAACAUUUCAUCAAUGCCGCAAUGUCACACCUUGCCUUUCGUAUCAUAGAUUUCACUUGGAUACUAUCAACCUCAAACAUUUUUUUGAGUCACUCUUCAUGGGUGAUGCAACGGAGAUCGAGCAUGAUGAAGUCAUUUGGAAUUGUACGAUUGAAUUGAUAGAACGCAUUGAAAAAUUUCUAGAAUGUUAUCGCCAACAGCCAACAGAGAACGUGCCAGAGCAUAUCACCGAGACAGCAGCUACACUUUGCCAUCUCCGUCCUCUGUGCCGUGAAAUUGCAAUCGCGUUUGAUCCGUCCUGCAAACAGAUUCAUUUCCGACCCCAAAAUAAGCUCUUUCGCUCCAAGCAGACUGUCAAUUCUCGAUGCUGGCCUCAAAUUGUGGACGACAUUGACCUUACCUUGCAUAAUUUCAAUCACAGAAAUUGCUCGGAAGUACCAGAAUACCUAACCCAAGCUGAGAAGCCAGAUCCCAAACCGCCAAAGACAGAAGAUCCUGAGGCAAUCCAACGUGGACUUGAUCACCUUCAGGAUUCGAGUUCCGUACCCAAAGAGGGCAGUGCAACUGGGACGAGUGCAUUGCAACGGCUCUAUGAGAAUCUUUCAGCUAUACAACCAUUUCAAGAAGGUGUUGUCAUUCCAGAUUCCACACAGCUCAAAAGCAAUGACAAGGUCAUUUUCCGUAUUGGCGAAAAGCAAUGCUCUGGACGAAUCGUCAAGAUUGAAGAUCAAUUGAGGAGCGUCUACUUGACAUACUCCAGACUCCCUUCUUAUUUUCACGAGUAUCGGCCAAUGGACAGCGUCAAUUCUGAGCAUGCAUCGAAAGGUUCGCAACUACGAACGAAGCAAAUUGUUUACUCCGCAAUUGGUGGCAAGGGCAAGCCUGUCAUGGCCACGGUCCAGUCCGUCAAAGUUGCAACAUUUUACCUAGUGCGAUUCAGCAUGGACGCAAAGUCUGCCAAGCUUGAACGAUGGCUUUGCCGAGACGCAAUUAUUAGCAAAGAAAACUAA